AUUUAUUACCGGUUUUGAAUACAGUUCAAAAUUUAUGAUUCUAAACACUCUGGAUGUUUUUAGGGAUCUAAUACCAUCUCCUGGUGCAGUUUCUUUAUCUUUCAUUACUCAAAAAAUAACAUUGAACAUCAAAUCUAAAUGGAAACGUACGGAACUCACAGAUGUUUUUCGUUCAACUCAAACAAAUUUAACGUAAUCAAUUAUAGUUCUUCGAUGAACAAGAUAGUGAUAGUCGUGAAUACUCAUACGAAAAGUAAAUAAUUAAUGAAAAACACACAUAUAAUUAUAAUAAUUAUGAAACAUGCAGAAAAUAAAAUAUUUAAAUAACACAAAAGCACAAUACAAGACAAUGGAGUAAUGGAGUAUGGAUCUAUGGACACCAAAAACGUCAACCAAUGACAAGCGAGCACAGUGUUUUCACCCAAGAUAUAUAAUAAUACGUAUUAUUAUUAUAAAAGGUGGAUAAAAUCAUGUGAUCAUGAAAACAUGUUUACUUCUUAGUUCUUAUCAAUAUUGUUGAAUCGUAGAUAAUAAUAUUUAUAAUAAUAAUACUAUAUUACUAUGUUCAGUUGCAUUUAUAUUCGUUGGUAAUAAGUUUGUUGUAAAAAACAGAAUACGAUUUUAUUUUUUUUUCAGUCAUGGAAAUUGAUAAAGAGGAAUCCGUAUUUAAAGUACCUAAAUUGUUAUUCGGUCCUAAAGCAGGCACAAAAAAACCAACAAAAAUUGUAGACACAGAAAAUCUUACUAAUAGUGAUGUUCCUGCAACAAAAACCGCAAAAGAAGAUUUAAAAGAUUAUGUUGAAGGAAAUAUUGAACAAUCAAAAAUAAACCUUAAGAAAACUUCCCUUGUUCCUAUUCCAUAUGAAGAACCGUCUUGGGGAGGUAAACCUGGAGACAAAUAUUUUUUAGAGGUUCGCGAUCAGUUUUGGAGUAAUAAAACCAUUUGAGUUUUAAAAAUAAUAAUUUUUUUUCUUAAUUUCUAGGAGUUAAAGUCUGGUGUGAUAUUAAGUACAAUACAAUUAGAAAAUCGCUCAUUUCAUUGCUUCGGUCGCCUAAGUAAUUGUCAUAUUACUAUGGCACAUCCAACAAUUUCACGAUUUCAUGCAAUUCUUCAAUAUCGAUCAACAUUUUCUACCAGUGAUGAAAAUAGAGGGUUUUAUUUGUAUGAUUUAGAUAGUACCCAUGGAACAUUUUUAAAUCGGUUAAGAAUUAAACCUAAAACAUAUAUAAAAGUCCAUGUAUGUAUUUUUUAGUGUUAUUUUUAAAUAUAUAAGUAAAUUGAAUUGUUUUCAGGUGGGACAUUUGAUUAGUUUUGGUGGUAGUACUAGAAUGUAUUUAUUACAAGGACCACCAGGUGAUGAAGAAAUCGAAUCUGAAUUAACUGUUACUGAAUUAAAAACUAAACGACUAGCAGAACUUGAACAAAGAAAAAGAGAACUAGAUUUACAAAGAUUAAAAAUGGAAGAAGAAGAAAGACAAAAAAUGGAACAGGGUGUAGACUGGGGAAUGGGUUUGUAUUUAUUAUUUAUUUGAUUUUAAAUUAUUAAUAAUAUUUAUGAUGUAAGCAUCAUUUAGUUAAAAUAAAAAGGGAAUAAUUGCACUGUAGCUACCAACAAUUUUGUAAUUUUUUUUAUAUACCUAGGUAAAUCAACAUUGUUGAUUGUACAUCAUUGUUUGGAUAUAAUUAAUUACAAUUGUAAACUUAGUAAAAAUGGGAGCAUAAUAUAAGAACUAGUAUUUAUACAAAAUUAACUCAAUAUUUUUAAUGAAUAUGUGUAAUUUAAUAUAAAAAUUAUAAUUGUUUUUUUUUAAUUACAGAUGAAAAUUAAUUUUUAAGUUAAAACUGCAAGAAAAUUGUUUUUUUUUUUUUUUAUAUAUAUUUUUUUAAGUCUUAGGUAAUUUGAACAACUCUUUCCCCAAACCCGUUUAGGUUUAACGACACUAUCUUACUGAUUGUUCAUUUGUUUUCUGCUCGCCUGGACUUUUUAAAUAAAAAUAUUCUUCAAUUUGCUCUGUAAAACCUUAAGCAGUCACAAUGUAAAAACAAAUACAUUUUGGUUCCACCUAGAGACCAUUAUUUCAAAAUUAAUAAUUUAAAAUUAUAAAAUAAAUUUGGCUACUAUUGGAUAUCAAAUGUGGACCUCUAUGUUGCUAGCUCAGGUUACAACCACUGUGCCACAAUUAAAAUGUAUUGACAUUAAAUAUACCAAAUUAUUUUAAACUAAACUAUAGAAAAACUCAAAUGUCAGAUUGUUAAAACUAAAAAUCUGAUAAUCAGCACAACAAUUUUUUUGACACCAUCAUUUUUAAAACAUUGAUUUCUUUAGGUUAUAAGGGUUCUUUAGGUAGUAUAAACAUAUAAUAUUCAAAGAAUAAUAGUUUCAUUUAAAUAAAAAGUUAAAUAUAUUUAUUUUUUUGUUAUAAUUAUUUACAUUAUAGGAGAAGAUGCAGUUGAUGAAGAAGAUACUAAAGAAAAUCCUUUUGCUCCAAAAGAAAAUGAGCAACUAUACUUGGACGAUCCUAAAAAGACUUUAAAAGGAUGGUUUGAAAGAGAAGGACAAGAAUUAGUGUAUGAUGUAUCAGAAAAGGGUUUUGGGACAUUUUCUUGUCGUAUCGAGUAAGGAAUUUAAUUUUGUUAAAUACAUUAAUAAUUGGUUGUAUGAUUAUUUUAGAUUACCAAUAGCAAACAUUACUGGAAGACCACAAAUGGUUGAAGCUACAAUAAGUGGGAAAAAAAAAGAAGCUAUUGUACAUUGUGCGUUGGAAGCAUGUAAAAUUUUGGAUAUGUAUGGACUUUUAAGACAAUCUACUCACGGUGAAUCUAAUUUUAUUUAUAUAUAUUUUUUUAUAUUAUCAAAUAUAAUUAGAUAAAUAUUUUUCUUUAGAAAGUAGAAAACGUAAAGAAAAAAAUUGGGAAGAGGAAGACUUUUAUGACAGUGAUGAAGAUAAUUUUCUAGACCGAACAGGAGAUAUUGAUGCUAAACGUAAAAAAAGAAUGAAAAAGUUUGGGAAAGGGGCUGAAACUGUGGAUACUUAUGAAACAUUGGUAUGCACUUUAAAAAAAUUGAUUAUGACUUCAAAUAUUCUUAUUUAAGUUAAAUUAUAAAAUUAACAUAUUAAUUUGAUAUUUUUAGAUGGAAAAACAUAAAAUUCUUAUAGCUGAUCUUAAACAUAUUAAGAUUAAAUUAAACAGAUUAAAUAAAAAUUUUACCAAAGAGUAUGAUGAAAGUAAAGAUGAAGACUCUUUAGAAUCAUAUAUGUCUGAUCUUAGAAAUUAUAAAACUGUGGAUAAAAUUGAAAUCAAAAGAUUAAAAGUAAGAUAUUGGUCAUAAUUAGAAUUCAUAAGUACAACAUAUUAAUUUACAGAUUAAAAUGAAUGAACUACUAGAAGAAGAAGAAAAAUUAAGAAAAAUAAUAAAUAUUGUACGACCAACUACUUUACCAGAACUUAUAAAACCUCAAGUCGAUGAAAAUAUAACUAAAGUAGAACAAGUGCAUAAAAUAAACCCAAACAUAAGUAAUAUUAGUCAAACAGCUAUUAAACCUGAAAUGCAAAUUGAAGGAGAAAAAAACGAUAAAAUAAUUUUGUCUAACACUGUUAAAGUUAAAGAAAUCAACCGCAAAGAACAAAAAACAGAAGGUAAUACAAUUUAACUAUUAAUCCUAUGAACAUAUAAAUAAUAUUAAUAAGGAUAACACAAAUAUUUUACAGAGCUACAAUUCCUUCACUAUUCUCACUAUUUCUCAAUAAUAACUUUUCUUACUUUUAGCCUCUUAUAAAUUUAUGUAAAAGAAAAGAAUCCGUAAGAAACUAAUAUGUGCUUACCUUGAUGUAUAAAUUAUUAUGAAUAUUUUUAAAUAAUGAAAAUUGUUUUAAAAUUUAUGCCAUAAUUUCAUAUUUUAUAAUAUUAUUUUUACUAUCAAUAUUUAUAAAACUAGUAUUAAGAUUAUGCAUACAGGUAAUGUCUCUGCCUAACUAAUGAGCAACAUAGCAAAAAUUACAUUGCAUAGAACAAUAUUAAAUUUUUAAAUAAAAUGCUAGUUGGUGAAAAAAAGCGAAAUGAGUGAAAAUAUAGUUUUGUAGUACUUAUACAGUGGUUUUUAUUAUGAACCGGCAAUUUUCUCAAAGGGUAUUAAGUGAGUUUUUUUUUUUUUGUCAUUACAGAAUCAUUUAAGCUUUAUUUUAAAACCAUUUUUAAUGUUUUACACUUACUCCGUACACCUUAGAUAAGUACCAUGUAUUUUUAUUUUUAGUAGGAAUCCUUUUUGAACAUAAAUUCGAAUAGAGAAAUAUUUUUCUAGACAUUUUGAUAUGCACAACACUGAUGUCAGAUAUAAGUUACAAUCAUGUAAAGUUUAAACCAGAAUUGUAAGAAAACGUUUGGAUAGGUUAUAAUUUUAAAUUGCAUGUAUAUUUUGAAAUUGUAAAUUGAUCAAGGGCAAAAAGAGUUAAAAUAUGAUUGUCAAAAGUAUGUGUAGAAUAAUGAGAGAUUUUUGUUGGGAUUUGCUUUGAGCCCAUAUCUGUUUUCUGUUAUAAUGUAUGAAGUUAUAUAGGAAAUAGUAGGAAAAUUAAUAUAGUUUAUGUUAUUUGCAGAUAAUAUUAUAAUUUUAAUAGGAGAAAAUCCGGAAGAAGUAGGAUAUAGAAAUGGAGAGUAGUACUUGAAGAAAAGGGAUUAAAUAAAAGUAAAACAGAAUAUGUACAUAGAGUAUAAGUUAGAGCAAAAGAGCAAAAUCAAUUAAGACAAUAAGUGGUUACAGUACAAAGAUAAUAGUGUGAUUAGAAGAGUAGAGCAAGUAGAGAAUAAUGAAUAAUUAAUAAUGUGGUAAUUUCAAGACUCGGUGAUUGUUCCAAAGUUAUUUUAUCAUUCUACCCAGUACAGUAAUUAGCUUAAGUUUCAAUGUGCAUAUGAUACAACAUGGUAUGCUAAAACAAAGACAUUGAGAUAAAACAAAAGAAAGUACUAACUGAUGACUUGAUUAUAAUGAAAGAAUAUUUGUAUAAAUAGAGGCUAAAUCCAAACCCUGUUAAAAAUGGAAGUUUUUGCUUUCCAUCUCUACAAUAAACAAGCUAAGCAAGAACUACAACUACAAUUUAAUGGUGUCUCUGUAAAACACAAUUUUUCACCUACAUUCCUAGGAGUUACCUUUCUGUUAAGGAACUCAUAGAAAAAGUUAAGAUCAAGAGUAAAUUAAUUACGGAAAUUAACUGGUACAGAAUGGAGAGCGGACGGCUAUACUUUUAGACUUAUAUCACUAGUACCGGUGAUUCAUUUAAGUGGGUACACUCAUUAUCUUGGAAUGUAUUAACUUUUUCGGGAAUUUGUUUUCUAGAAUUUUUUUGGAAACAAGCUGCUCUACAAUUUUAUAUUUAUGUCAUUUUUUAUCACCCUUAUUUUUGGGGUUAAAGCCACUACCUACUUUUGAUUUUCAAAUGGCAACCUAUAUUAAAAAGUCCAUACAUAAAUGAAGUAUUAUGAAAACAGAUUUUAGUGUGAACAUUAUUGAUUUCCAUUGAUCUGUUGACGAGAUAUUCCACUUUUAUGUUUUGGUUAGAGGAGAGUAGUGAUGCAUUAAUAACAUGCUGCGCGCUGUACCGCCACAUAAAUGACAUUCCACUACUUACCUCCUCUGCAGCUGAAUAUUGCUCACCUGUGUGGCUUAAUAGCCAGCAUGAUGUAUUAUUAAAUAGUGUUAUGCAAUUAAUUAGUGGGGUGUCAAAGUCAAUUUUUCUGGAAUGGCUUCCGGUAUAAUCAAACAUUGCACUUUUAACUAUUAGAAGAAGGGAAAUUCUAGUUAAAAUUAUUAUUAAAAAACAUAAAUUAUACAGAACGAUGUUUUCAUUGUUUAUGCAAUAUACAGAUAACUCUCAUUAUAUUUAGUUUCUUUCACUACACUACAGUAUGAUUUUUCUUAAAUAUAAGACACUUAUGAUUUUUAGUUCAUACUACUUGGCUAAUUUAAAAAUAUCUCAGUGAUAUACACUUGGAAUUUGUGUUAUGUGAAAAUAUAGUAAUAAAUAUUGUGAACAUGUUCUUUUCAGACAAAGUGAUAAAAGAAUUAAAAGAUGUGGAAAAGAGGCAAAAACAGUUAGAGAAAAAAGAUAAAAAGGUGUGUAUAUUUUAAUAACUUAGUAUUUGUAUAUAAUACAAAUUAUUAUAUUGGUAAAUAAUUCAUUUAAUUAAUUAUUUAUUUAGAUAAUUUCUAAAAUUCUGGAAAAAGACUUAUCAGAAGAUUUUGGAAACAUGAUUUGGAAACCACCAGCUGAUCAAACUGGAGAUGGAAGAACUAGUUUAAAUGACAAAUAUGGUUAUUGAUUAAUGUAUUAUAUUUUUAUUGUACAAAUUAUAAUUAUUACUGUAAAUUAAAUUGCAAUUAUUUUUAACUCUUGAAAGAAAUAUUAAUAUUGAGGUACUUUUUACAUUAUAAUAUUUUAGUGAACAUUUACUUGUGCAAAUUUAAUUUGAAUUACGGAGUUAAAAGUGUAGACAUACACAAUGUACCAUCAUCUGAACCAGUAACACAAGUGCCACAUUGAUUUAGAGAUGACCAAUCACAAACAAUCGGAAUGCUUUGGUGUUCUUUCAGUGACAAAACAACAUUUAAUCCCGUACUUGUUAUCUAUAUCAAAAAUUAUACAUAAUAUAAAAAUUAUUUUCUCAAAACACACUG